GAGAAAUUAUAGAAGCAUUUAACUUAGAAAUUUAAAUUAUUUCAUCAUAAUGGAAAAUGAUAUCCUUUUGUGGAGUAACAGAGAUGUGUUAGAUUUAUUACUUAGAGAGAAAAUAUCCAGUGUUGUUGUAGAUAUUUGUAGGGCCCAUGAUAUAGACGGCCAGUGUCUUUUAUCUUUCGUUGAUCGAGAUUUCUAUGAGUACCCAUUUGACCACUUAAAACUUGGUGAGCGAAAACGAUUCAUAUUGUUGGUGAAGAAGCUGCAAAGAUGUAAUCGUGAUGCGAUGACAGAGCUCGGCCUAUGCGAUGAGCAGAUGCUUAGCAACCCCGCUACGAACAUAAACUUCCUUGGCACUAAUUUAUCUCACUUAAGUUAUAAUCUUCACAAGUUACCUAAUGAACUUUCGUAUGAAAGAAAUACAGAAUGUGUGGGAAAUUUUACUCCAGAUGUGAAGGCCUCGAAGUUGAAACCGGAGAUUUGGAAAACUGCCAUUGCAUUAGGUUAUGUGUUCCUAGUGACAUGGGUGACGGCAGUAGUAAUGGUGAUAGUGCAUGAUAAGGUGCCCGACAUGAAAAAAUAUCCGCCAUUGCCAGAUCUCUUCUUAGACAAUGUGCCACACAUCCCUUGGGCUUUCGACAUGUGCGAGAUAACAGGCUCUCUUCUUAUGGCUAUUUGGCUUGUGGUACUGUUCUUCCAUAAGCAUAGAUUCAUAAUACUUCGGCGCUUCUUCGCAUUAGCCGGUACUGUGUUUUUACUGCGAUGCUUCACUAUGCUGAUCACAUCACUAUCGGUGCCGGGCUCACAUCUGAAGUGCGAACCGCGGUCGUAUCCGCCGGCCGAUGACCUGACGGUGUGGGGCAGGCGGCUGCGGCAAGCUUACGACAUAUGGAGUGGCGCCGGUAUGUCCGUGCGAGGCGUCAGAACUUGCGGCGACUACAUGUUCUCAGGGCACACGGUGGCUCUGACGCUGCUUAAUUUCUUCAUUACUGAAUAUACGUCCCGCAGCUUGUACCUGUUGCACAUAUUGACAUGGGUGAUGAACAUGUUCGGCAUUUUCUUCAUCUUGGCGGCCCAUGAGCACUACUCCAUCGACGUUUUCAUCGCGUUCUACAUCACUAGCCGCCUCUUCCUCUACUAUCACACGCUCUCUAAUAACCAAGCGCUUAUGCAGAAUGACUCUUCCAGAACAAGGAUAUGGUUUCCCCUAUUAUCUUUCUUCGAAUCAGAAGUGGACGGCAUCGUACCCAACGAGUAUGAGGGGCCUGUGACGAUCCUCAGCAACCUAAAGGAUUGGUGUGUGCAGACGUUCCUUGAUGUGAGAGAUUCAUCUAUGGCCAAGAUCGCCGGUACAAAGUUACAGGAAGGUGCUGCCAUGGGCGAGUAUUCCGUCGUCAAGUUAGUCGACGGCAUCAAACGAAAUUUAAGCCUUGUUGAAGAGUUCAAGAACUCUCGGCAGCGCGUAGUCUCUCUCGACAAAAACAUACAGGCCUGCCUCCUUGACGAUCACCCAGAGUGCGAGCUACGGCACAGAAACGUAGCAGAAAUUCCACCAGAGUCGCUCUUCAAAGAUUUAAGCAAUCCGCCAUCUCCAGUACUGAAGAAGAGUAUAUGAAAUUAUAAACUAGUUUUUUAGCGUAUAUUAUAGAGGCUGUUUAGAUUCAUUGUAGGUAUAAUUUAUACAAUGAAGUGAAUUAGAUACCUGAUGUCUUACAUUUCCAUUUUAGAUUUUUAUAAAAUGUUACUCCAUAUUUAUUUUUGUUAACGUAAGUUGAACUAUGUAUAAUAAAAUAAAUUGUUAAGAUUUAUUUGCUCAAAGAAAUCGUGGAAAUAAACAUGUUUUAGCUUAUGACAUUAUAUUGUGUUACUAAAAUACAUACAUACACUCCACGCCCUUUCCCCAUUGGGAUAGGUGGAGAACACAGCCUUCCACUUGCUACAAUCCUGACAGACAUCUAUCGUCGCGUUGUAUUACUGUUCUGUCCUUGUAGCUGAAGAAAAUGUUAGUGUUAGCUAAUUACUAGACUAGAAGCUAUACGAAAUUCUAUUGAGCUGCCAAUGAUAUAUAUGUAUAUGUGCACUUAUUGUUAAUGCCAAAUAAGAAAAAACCUAAAAAUCAGGGAUUGAGAAAUAAAAUUCAAUUUAAUUUUUAGCAUU